AUGGACUCUCAGCAUCAGUCCCAGCCAGCGGCUAGAUCGCUUCCUGACCUCCCAAAUGAGCUUCUGUUCAUGAUCGCUGACAUCCUUGGCGAUGAUUUCUUGACAUUCGCGUCAUUGGCUCGCACUUGCCGUGAGCUGAAUCCAUUCUCCAUCCAAAUGCUAUACACCUUGGAUGCGAAAUCUGGCAACCCGACCGUCCUAGCUUGGGGGGCUCUGACCGGAAACCUUAAAUGCAUGAAAUUGGCGAUUCAGCAUGGAACACCCGUGGAUCAAGUUUCACAAUUCAGCUUCCGUUCUGGCCAGCACAGGACUCUCGUCGAGCGGGAAUUAAAUUCGUUCAGUUACGGAUUGCGCCAGACUGACCCGUCAACGUUUAUGCGGCACGCCGAGGUGCCCGAAAAUCGAGAAAAGACCUUGUGGGGUACAGCCCUCCAUUUCGCUGCGCUUUCAAACCAGGUGGCCGCAGCUAAAUUGCUGAUACAGGCUGGGGCAGGUUUCUACAAACGAUCAUUUGGGCUUUGCUCAAUGUCCGGUUAUGGUGAAGCCUGUUCCCAUUCGUUGGAAUCCUGUCCCACAGAAUUCUUUCCAAUGCACACGGCUGUGUGUUACGGACACAAGGAUAUGAUAAAGCUGUUCUUGCGCCAUAAAGCUUCUGCCUUCUACAUUGCAGACAGCAUGGAAGACGAUUCGAACGACUCAGAGGACGAGUUGUCUCAAGACGAUCCAGCCGAGGACGGACUGCCUCAAGGCAAUGAAGAGUUCGAACCACUCCAAGGAGUGGAAGGGGAAGAGCCUCCCGAAGAUCCCGAAUGGGGUCCUGACGAGCCUGAAGACGAAGAACCUGGUACUCCACAGGUAACGACUUUGCAUAUUGCUGCAAGUCUCGGGCGUAUCGAUCUGGUGGAGUUUCUCGCAGGGAAAAACGGCAUUUCUGUCAAUGCGACUGACUGUGACGGCCGGAACCCGCUCCACUACGCGGCUCAUGUCAUGCUGAAACACCCUCGCGCAACUAUUCGGAAGCUGGUGCAAAUGGGCGCAAGACUGGAUGCUCAAGAUGAUAUCGACUUUGAGCUCAUUGUCCGUUCCGUGGCAGAAGGCAGAUGUGCCGUGGCUGUUGAUCUGUUACACCUUCGAGCGUACACAAACUUCAACACGGAGAGACUCGGCUACCUCCUGCACGCCGCGCUGACUCCAGCAGCCUUACAUGCCUCUAGCUUUGAGGAUGUCUCAAUUGCCAACCUGUCCGAUGCAAGCUACAGCCGGCGAUCUGUUUUACUUCACAGGAGAUACUGGGCCUCCUACGACAGCGGCUGGCACAAAUCCCCAAACGAUAGUGACAUGGACUCACCGAAGCGACAGGAGCUUGUACGGCUCCUUGUCAAAGACUAUGGAGUCGACGUCAAUAGUUUCCUACCCAGUAUCGCUGAGACACCUGUCACGCUCCUGGCUCUCUGCAAUGCCAGUUCGUCCGACAUGCUCCGUUGCCUCAUUGACGUUGGUGCAGAUAUCACCAAGGCCAACGGCAAUGGGGAGACCGCGAUUCACUGUGCAAUGAGAUUAUAUGCCAGCGAUUGGAAGCUCCUCGACCAAUUAGCAGAUUACAGUUUGGAUCCUUUGAGUGAGUUGGAUCACGGCGGCGUUGAUAGUAGUCCGGACAGCAUGCUGUGCUCUCUUCUGGCAGCCUGGCCUGCCGACAAGUUCAACGCGGUCAACAAGGACGGCAUCGAUGUUUUGAAAUGCAUCUUUGACUCAGUCUUUUGGAAAGACCGUCGUUACAUCGACCUGGCCAACUUGCUCAACAACCCGGCCAAUUACGGGGGUGUCGUACCGUGUAGGACACCUCCAGGCGUGGGAAUCAUUGAGAAGACCAUGCGGUUACAGUUCGUUGAGUCCUUGUUCAGUGGGUAUCAAUCGCGACCUUCUGGAUCGGCAGAUGAUAUCGACUGGGGAUGGGGAUGGAGCGCAGAGAAAGAGGAGGUUCGCAAGGCCGUCAUUGCGAAACUGACAGAGCUUCGCCGAAAGUUGAGGAUGGCGGCCGCAGAAACGCGGGUGAUGGGAGGGUUUCACACAUAUGCCAACUUCUCUGGCAAGAAAAGUGGAAGACUCCCAAAAUGGUAG